CUAUAAAAGGAAAAGAGCUUCAACAUGACUGCACUAGAAACUCUGCAGAGAGAGAGAGAGUAGCUUACGUGGACUCAGCUGGCGACUCAGCUAGGUACAGAGUGGAAGAUGACAAUGACCCAACUUGGUUUCCUGCUGUUUAUCAUCCUAGCCACCAGAAGUUGCAAUGUGGCUAAAGGCAACCUGGAAACCAACAGAUGGGCCAAUCUUGUGUCUUCCUCUCAGUUCAGAAGCUGCCAGGAAAUCAAGCAGGAGAUGACUUGGGCACAAGAUGGCCUCUAUUUCCUCCGCACGGAGAAUGGUGUCAUCUACCAGACCUUCUGUGACAUGACCACUGCAGGUGGUGGCUGGACCCUGGUGGCCAGUGUGCAUGAGAACAACAUGGGUGGGAAGUGCACAGUGGGCGAUCGCUGGUCCAGUCAGCAAGGCAACACAAUAGACUACCCAGAGGGGGAUGGCAACUGGGCCAACUACAACACCUUUGGGUCUGCAGAGGGGGCCACAAGUGAUGACUACAAGAACCCCGGCUACUUCAAGAUCCAGGCUGAAAAUCUGGGUAUCUGGCAUGUGCCCAACAAGAGCCCCCUGAAAAAUUGGAGGGACAGUUCCCUGCUGAGGUACCGCACCUUCACUGGCUUCCUGCAGGACAUGGGUCACAAUCUGUUUGGCCUGUACCAGAAUUACUCGGUGAAAUAUGGAGGAGGAAAGUGUGGGACUGACAAUGGCCCAGCAAUACCUGUGGUCUAUGACUUUGGUGAUGCUCAGAAGACAGCCGCUUAUUACUCACCCCUUGGACAGAGUGAAUUCAUUGCAGGAUACAUCCAAUUCAGAGUGUUUAACAAUGAGGGAGCAGCCAACGCCUUGUGUGCUGGGAUGAAGGUCACUGGAUGUAACACUGCGUUUCACUGCAUUGGUGGAGGAGGAUACUUCCCAAAAUCUGAUCCCGAUCAGUGUGGCGACUUCUCUGCAUUUGAUUGGGAUGGAUAUGGAACUCACAGUGGGUACAGCAGUAGCCAGAAUAUAACUGAAGCAGCCGUCCUUCUGUUCUAUCGUUGAGAACCUUGUGGUGUGGGACCCAGACUUCUGCUCCAGUUUUGGACUCACAUGCACGAGGAAAAACUUACCAAGUUACUAAAAUGCUAAUGACACAGGAAAGGAGAAUAAAUUGUGUUCAUUGCA